CAUCAUGGAGUAAGAGUGGAUUGUUGGCAGAUGCGGGCGCUUCGCCGCCAUGUGAAACACACGCACACACACACAAUACACACAUACACACACAUAUACACACAUACACACGGUGGCUCAGUCUCAGCGAGGUGGUGUUGUGUGUGUGUGUGUGUGUGUGCAGCCCUGAAAGUACAGCUCAGGCUUGAUGAUGAAGUGAGAGGCAGAAAAGACAGAAAUCCGUCCGAGGGGAAGCGGCGCGCACUGGAGCCGAGGUGUGGGUGGGCGAUGUGAACAAACCCCGCUCGGAGCAGAUCUGGUUUCGGGGCCGAGCAGCAGGCUCGAGGUGCGGGAGCAGGACUUUUCCGCGCCCGUCGGAGCUCGCGCUGGACAUCAGAUGACCAAGUUCUGAAAAGUCGAUCCGCUCGAGACAUCACAACAACAUCAUGGCCUUCUCUUCACCCUCCUCUCACCUCCUGAUCCUUCUUCUAAUUUCCUGCCUGGACUGGCCGUCCACUCCCGCUUUGGCGUUUCUCUUGGACCGGGACCACAUGACAACAUCAGCUCCCAUUGAGCCCCAUUUCACUGAGUGCGUCUCCAGGGAGCAGGAGACAUUCCGCUGCUGGUGGAGUCCAGGCACCUUCCAGAACCUGUCCUCCCCUGGAGCUCUCCGAGUCUUCUACCUAAAGAAAGACCGUCAACUCAUCGAUCAGCGAUGGAAAGAGUGUCCCCACUAUGACUAUUCAAACAGGGAAUGCUUCUUCGACAUGAACCACACAGUUGUUUGGACCGCCUACUGCUUGCAGCUGCGCAGCCAAAACACCACCUUUUUUGAUGAGGACGAUUGUUUUACAGUGGAAAAUAUUGUACGUCCAGACCCACCAGUGUCUCUAAACUGGACCCUCCUGAACUUAAGUCCCUCUGGACUAAGGUAUGAUGUCAUGGUCAACUGGGAGCCCCCGCCCUCUGCAGACGUCGAGACGGGCUGGAUGCGCCUUGAGUACGAAUUCGAGUACAGAGAGAUAAAUACCACAAACUGGAAAUCGCUGGCGAUUCAGCGGCACACUCAGCAGGCACUCUACGGUCUGCACAUAGGCAAAGAGUAUGAAGUGCACAUCCACUGCAGGAUGCAGGCCUUCACUAAGUUUGGAGAUUUCAGUGACUCCAUCUUCAUUCACGUGGAUGAUAUUCUCAGCGGAGAGAGUACGUUCCCGCUCACAGUUGUACUUGUUUUCGUGAUUGUGGGCUUCCUCAUACUCCUCUUGCUGAUUGUCGUCUCUCAGCAGUACAGAUUCAUGAUGAUUCUGUUGCCACCAGUUCCUGCACCAAAAAUUAAAGGCAUCGAUCCAGAGCUGUUGAAGAAGGGGAAGCUGGACGACCUAAAUAUGAUCCUGAGUGGUGGAGGUAUGGGCGGCCUGUCCACCUUUGCACCAGAUUUCUACCAAGACGAGCCGUGGGUUGAGUUCAUCGAGGUGGAUGCUGAGGAUGCGGACGCUGGGGAGAAGGAGGACAACCAGAGCUCAGAUACCCAGAGGCUCCUUGGCCUGCCCCAACACGCCAGCCACCACAUGAACACUGGAUGCUCCAAUGCCAUUGGCUUCCCUGAUGAUGACUCAGGAAGGGCCAGCUGUUACGACCCAGAUGUUUUCGACCAUGACACCCUAAUGAUGACGGCCACCCUGCUGCCAGGCCAACCCGAAGACGGAGAAGCCUCCCUCGCUGUGGAAGAAGGAUUUUCAACCUCAGAUAGGAACCUCGUCCAAACCCAAACCGCAGGUCCCCAGACUUGGGUCAACACAGACUUCUACGCCCAGGUCAGCAACGUCAUGCCCUCUGGAGGCGUGGUGCUGUCUCCUGGCCAGCAACUCCGGAUCCAGGAGAGCGCCUCAGCCACUGAGGAUGAAACACAGAAUAAAGGAAAAGAGAGCGAAGACAACGAGGGGACCGCGAAGAAGAAGCAAAAAGAGCUGCAGUUUCAGCUGCUGGUCGUGGAUUCCGAGGGAAGCGGCUACACCGCAGAGAGCACCACCCGGCAAAUCAGCACACCCCCUGGCUCCCCUAUGUCUGGUGAGGGGUACCAAACCAUACCCCUGCAGCCAGUGGAGACCAAAGUGGAUGAAAACCAAUCAUCUUACAUUGUUCCUGAAUCUCCCCAGUCCCAGUUCAGUGCUCCUGUUUCAGACUACACAGUGGUGCAGGAGGUGGACACUCAGCACAGUCUGCUCCUCAACCAACCUCCCCGUCAGUGUCCCCCUCCCUGCCUGCCACAGUACCCCCUCAAGGCCCUACCUGCUAUGCCUGUAGGGUAUAUCACCCCAGACCUGCUGGGGAGCCUCUCACCAUGAAAUGACCCUGCCAUUGGACCUAUAGAUUGCAAGGUUGAUUAACUAGGAAGCCCCCCAUAUUCACAAAAGCCUGUUUCUACCUAAUUAUUGCUGGAAACCAAAAAACCUGUAGCACACAGUGCGAUGAGCCUUUAAAGGUGUUUGUUUUCAGAGGGUUGCUGAAAGGGCGUCAUGAGCUAGUAGUUUCUGACUCUGCCUCGUCAGUUAAUGUGAUAUGGAGUUGACCGAACGUACGUGUUAGAAUAAAAAAUGCAAUUGACAGACACAUAACAGCCCUAGACUGUGGCUGUAAUGAGUCGUCGUCGUCGUCGUCCCCAAAAAAGCAUUAGCUCACUGCUAACUUCGCUCCAGUCUCAUUGCAUCCUCUGGCUAAUUGUGUUUGGAGCAAUGACAAUACAGAAGUCUUAAUCUUGCAGAGACUUGUCAGUGUAUGAUUGACGAAGAGAAGCACACUCUUGUCAUGCGUUUCACCCCCCCCCACCCCGAACACCAUGAAGUAGUCUUUGCUGUCCUUGACACCUCUCGCUGGUGGAGAUGUUUGCCGCUCAGAUCAUGGCUUAUUUUGUAUUCUUAAAUUUCUUAUUUCAUCAUGUCAUCUUAUAAGCACUUCGCUAGAUAUAUAUAUAUUUUUAUACAAAAAGAUAUAGGAAGAAUCAGCCCCUAAAUACAGUUCCAGCCAGAACUAAGCAGUUUUACUUUCUAUUCUUGGCUUCGCUUUGUUCAUAGUAUGCUGGUCACAUUUUAGUGAAUAUAUUGCCAAUCUGAUGUCAACUUUGCUCUGAAAAAACAUAAGCCGUUUUCAGACAUGAACUCCGGAGGAUUGUCCACGGGAUUGGGUCCAUACUCUUUUCGUUCAGAUGCGUUCACGACAACAAAAAUUUAGUUCAGGUGAAGGACGUAACAUAUUAAUUACACUGCUCUCCGUCCUUGGGAGGUGUUGAAAGGCAUUAUUGGAAGUCUAUUAGCAGGUGAGGUGACAAAUAAAAGGGAAAUGAAAACUUGGAGUUUAUAUGUUUUCAUUUUAUUUUGAAAUGCACGCUGCACUGGGAGCAUACAUCCCUUACAGCACUCAUCAACACUUCUUAUAGUGUGUGGAAUGGUCUACUCAGAUUCAGUCUCAUCUCGGAGAUGCUCAGUACAAAUAGUGCCAUACUACCACCAAGUGCCUUGCCCAAGGGCAUGUUAUUUUCCACAAGGGAACACCAGGCGGAUGGGAGAAAAAUAAACAACUCAUUUUACGCAUGCAGCAACAUGAGGCCAAGAAUCUUUUUCAUGCAGCCACUCACGCACUCACAAUCCAUCACUUUAAAGUGCAAGCUUUCAACUCAAGAGAUUUAUUCUUCUCAUGUUGCAUCGUUAUUGCAGGGACAGCAACUGGAGCAAGUUGAGAGACUGUGAAAGUACGUAAUAGCUGUAAUUAGCUAACAUUUUAUACUUACCUGCGCUAUGAUAGUGUUAUUGGCUCGCCUUAUGCAUGGUCUGCGGUAGGCAUAUGUCAUUGGGAUUUGUGUAUUUAUGCAUUGCUUCAAUAUAUUCAGUAUAUGUACCGCUAUGGAGGUGAAGCCUCUCUGCAUAGAUUGACUACAAAAAGGCCUGCGCAUGCACACACACACACACACACACACUCACACACACAAACAGUUGCAUGAUAAAUAUUUGCCUUAAUUUACCGAUUUAAUUUUGCCUUCCUGACAUAGCCAAUAACAUUAUGAUCUGGAAAUUGUCUAAGAAAAUAGUUGUGAGGAUGUUGAUUUUCUGAGGCAAGUCAACUGUAAUUUGCAUGUUUCUGAUUGCGCUUGUAAAACUGACCACAGUUUCCAAACAAAAAUGCUGAUCAGGGCCAAAAGGGCAGAGAUCCAGGCUCGGGUUGGAUGGUGAAAAUAAGUCAAUUCAAUUUGGCUUAUAAAUGGAUUUAUAGUUAUCUUAACCUUAUGAUAAUCUUAGAAUAAAAUGUUAGGAUAUUAUUUUGGCAGAAUUGUCUCCUAGUCACUGAGCGUGCCCUUGGUUCAUCUAGAAUGUGUGAUUAUAAUGGCAAAAUAGGCUUUAUAUGGCUUUGUAUUUUUUCAUUCUUUGAAUUAAAGAAAUUGACAAUAUGCCUGUGGCAAACAGCAGCAUAGCACACUCUACACAAUAAGCUACAUAAGUAAAGGUUGGAUCGUAUGCAUUAUGGGAUGUGACACAAUAAACUUUCAUUUGCGAAUGAGUCAGGGAUGAAAACAUCUCAUUAAACACAAAACAUACGUCGCAGAGAAAGGGACAACAUAUCCUGGCUUGGAAUUAUCCUUGAGAUAAGCAGGCCACUGACUCACUAAGGAACAGUCUAUUUUGUAUCAGACAAUCCCAUAAUGAAGAGAGACAAAGCAAGAGCCUUAGAAUGACAAUUUAUAAAAGAAAUGUGAAUAUAAUAAACAUGUGCCAUUUCUCUAUUUCUCUAUUUUUUUUUUUUUUUAAGAGCUCAGUGUUCUGUUGUUGCUGCCAUUAGUGCUAAUGAUACCAGCAGGUCAAUGCUGUUGCAGAAAUGUCUUAAUAUAUUUACUAGUGCUGUAAAAUUACAAGUAUAUAUUUUUUUAAAUGUCAUUAAUGUUACUAAUCACAACAUAUUGCUGCUCGGUACAUGACCUUUUUCCUGCAUAAAGCCUUACUGUGGUGGGAGGGUUUCAUUCAACACGUUAAAUGCUGAGGCGAUGAAAACCUGUCAAAUGGAUGAUACUGAUUUCUGGAAAUGUGUUACAGCAACAAUCUCACAGUUUCUUUCCCCACCAACCGACUCCCACCAUUCCCAACCAAAGAUCCCCAGAAGGCUCUCUGUUUAUAUGAAGGAAAAUCAGACAAUGGAAAAAGCACUGCUAAGAUUCAAUUUUUCUUUUUCCAAACGUACCGUGGUGAUGUGAAUGUGUGCAAACUGGAACAAGUGAUGCAAUUAUGAUAAUGAGGAAAAUUUGUUUGAAAAAAAAAAAGGGAAAAAAGUAAAGAGGAGUGGUGGUGCUUUCUAUUACAGGUGUUUACUGCAUUGUGUCAGCCUUUUUUUUUCCUGUUUUUGCCAUUACCAGUUCACAAUGAGCUAAUUCUUAAUGUAGUGUAAAAGGUUGCGAUGGUUAUUACGAGCUUUUAAAUGUUACAACAGACUUUAGAGCAAGCACUUUGUACAAAUACAGUAUAUGUCUGAAUUUUUUUAAAUAGUAUUCAGAUUUUCUAUAUCGGACAAAAUCCUGUCUAUGAAUUACAUGUUAUUACAACCAGCGUUCUAUAUAUAUAUAUAUAUUUUGUUUCAUUCAGCACAAUAAUCUGACUUUGAGGACCCUUCAGUAUCAAUAGAGUUUAGUUUUGUUCAACAGAGUUUAUGUUCAUAGGACAUAUUUUACACUACCAGAUUGUUAGGAUGAUGUACUGUAAUGGAGUAUUUAAUGUUUGCUAAAAGAUUUAUGGAUCGAUGAUAGAGCAGAUAGUCUUUGAGAGAAACUAGUUCUACUGUAACUCUACCCUCGUCACACGUCUCCCGCUAUGUGAUUUCAGCCUUUUCCUGAUAAAAGUGCAUUUAAAUGGAGCUGAAGUGUUUUAUAAUGAUUUGUUCUGAAUUUUUUUUUUUUGUGUGUGUGUCAGUUGAGGGGGGGGCUUUUGUCGCCGUGCUAAGCCUGGGAAUGAUCAAGAGAGCGGGAGUCUAUGCUGGUUUUUACUCUUUUGUCAAACUAAAAGCGACUCGUGCCAGAUAUGUUUCAGCUUGUUGGGGAAACAGUUGGAUUCUCGACUUGAGUUCUGUAGUAUAUAGACUUGUUUUGUUUUUUUCAUGAAUAAGUUCAGUGGCUUCGACCCUUUAAUUCUGUUUGUGUGUUAUAUAUUUGAUUGCUCAGAGCCCUCACAUCACCCUACUACCUGUAAUGGACGGGGGCAGCAUGAAUCACAUGUGUGUUGUUAUUCUCUGUCAGGCUCACUGCACCAGAAUUAUUCCGCAUGUCAGAAUUUGAAACAGCUGCAUUGCGAUCUCCAGUGUGUAAACAUCGUGUGUAAGCAUUGGCCUGACUAAUUGAUAAUGACUCCACACUUUAUUUUCUUGCCCUCCUGACCUUGGAGCCGCUGUCCUUGCCUGUUCGCUGUUGUUUUACUCGAGGCCGAGUGUUGAGCAUUGAUGAUUUGAUAUUGUUCUCUUACCAGUUGAGCCUUUCUAGUGUUGUAUGUGUGAACAAUAAGCUCUCAACAAGUAACUCAAUAAAUGUACAUACUGCAACUCUCA